AUGUUCGAAUGUGCUGGAAGAAUUGAUCAAGGCAGCAUUAUAAGCAGCACUGCUCCUCAAGCGUUUCAGCUGCCCAAAAACUUCAAUUUGAGAUCAUCAAAGAGAAGUAAAAACGACGAUUCCCGGGGCCUUACUCGGUUAGCUUCUUCAAGACCCGGUAGUGGCGCGAAGAUUAACGCAGUGGAUUCUGAGGGGAAUAUUGCGUCGACAAAGCCAGCCGUCAAGGCCGCGGUGGGGAUGAGUUACAGUGUAGGAAUAGGAAGAAUUGGAAGAAUUGAUGAGGAUAGGCCUUGUGAAUUCAAAGAAAUAGAUGUUGACAAGUUUUUGUAUCCAAGAGGUAGGACUAAUGCUAUUUGUCAAGGAAAUGUUGUGUGCUAA